GUACGGCGCUUAUUGUCGCGAGGGGCGGGAAUAUAAUAACCAUCGAUCGCUCGUAAUUUCACAUUUAUUCGACCCUUUUCCUCCCUGCCCGACCCACUGAUAGCGACCGAUAGUCGGGACAGUACUUGACCAGGGAACAGAUGAGCAGAUAAGUGAAACCACUCCCUGAAGCGAACGAAGCAGCUUCGUAUCUCUCGGCAGAUUGUUCCGUAUUGAUUUCACUCUCGCUCUCGAAAACGUAUCACAAACAUUCUCAUGAAAAUAAAAAAGUCGCGUUUUCUCAAGAGAAGGCUCCCGUUUCUUCAAAAGGUGACGAGGAGACAAGCUAGAGUACCAUCGAGAACCUGUUUCUCUGCGUGUGUGCGGAAGGUAAAUGGCCAAGAAAUUAUAUUCACGCAGCAGUUUUACGCAACGCACAACUGAGAGCGCAUCUUUAUAAGGCAAUCGCAAGAUCCGGACAGGACAUGAAUACAACUAUGUAUCAAGGAGAGAACGUCACUGUCGACCCGCCGUCGAAGUGCGGUGCUAGCAAAUACGUGUGGAUCUUCGUAGAUAGCCUUCUGUUCUUGGUGAUCGUUUCGGGAAACAUUCUCACGAUCCUGGCAAUCGCGUGGUCCCGCAAGCUUCGCCACGUCAUCUCCAAUUACUUCAUACUCAAUCUAGCGGUGUCGGAUCUUCUGGUGGGUAUAACGCUGCCGUAUCAUCUGGCCUUUUACGUUAACUGCAAGUUGCAUCAAGACAAAACGAUAUGCCUCUCCCGCAUCGUCAUCAUCAGCAUGGCCUGCGGCGAAAGCAUAUGCAACCUCAUAGCGAUCGCCAUAGAUCGUUACAUCGCUAUCGUCCAUCCGUUGAGUUACAACGCGUACGCGACGAAGAAGCGCGUGAUGCUGUUCAUAGCAAUCAGCUGGGCAUGUGUCGUUGGUGUGACGUCGAUGCCAAUAUGUUGGAAUUGCUUCAACACCAGCUUGAAGCAGUGCGAACUGGACACGAUAUUGCCGAGAGAGUACACAAUGUAUAUACUACUGCCGUCAUUUUGUCUCAGUUGGAUAGCGAUGUUUCUACUGUAUUGGAAGAUUUGGAGAGAGGCGCAUAUGCACACACGUCGAAUGAAUCUCAGCGUUAUUCCGCACGUCGCUGAGAAAACCGAUCGCAAAAGCAUACAGGUGGUGCUGCUGAUACUCGGCUGCUUCUCCAUUUGCUGGCUACCCUAUUGGGUCGUGGUCUGCAUAAAGUUCUACGAGGAAACUGUUCAAACUGAUGUAUAUAAUAUUACGUUUGCAUUAGCUCUCGCUAAUAGCGGAAUGAAUCCCUUUAUAUACGCGUGGAAGAGCACCAAUUUUCGCAAGGCCUUUCAGAAAAUUUUGCGCUUUAAGUCACCGAAUGAGAACUUGAACGCCAGCUUCAAAAUGUACUUGGAGAAGCAACGCGAGCUCAAGGAUCAGCAAACGAACGUAGCAGAAAAUUGUAUAAACGGCAAUGUGCAAGGACAUUCGUCCGAUUGUCAAUUUAAUCUAACGGAAGAGAACACAAUUUUAUAAACCUAAUUUCGCAGAUAAAAUGUUUCAUAGUCGAUCCAGAAUUUCUAGGAUUAAAGAAGAUUAAAUAAUGUAAACAUUAUUUUUCCUUCCUUUCUUUCUGUUCCUCUUCAAGUUCUCGAGAAACUAUUCUAGUAUCUCUAUCUAGGAUUAAAGAAGAUUAAAUAAAUAAUGUAAAGAUUAUUUUUCCCUCCUCUCUUCCUGUUCCUCUUCAGGUUCUCGAGAAACUAUUCUAGUAUCCCUAUCUAGGAUUAAAGAAGAUUAAAUAAA